CUAUUCGUGACAGUACCGAUUUCGCCUGUCGCUCUAUCACGAAAUUUAGCGAAAAUAAAAUUAUCACGAAUAUUAAUCAAGCUGCAGUAUACGACAGUGUUUAUUUCUGUAGGCGGAUUAUUUAUAAAACUUUACAAAGGCAGAUUUCCUGUUUUAAUUGCUCAUUUCCCAGUCCUUGGUUUACUCGAGUCGUGUCUAUUAAAAUUUGGAGUUUAAAACAUGGAUAUGAACGGCAAAUGGAAGCUGGUGUCAGCAGACAACAUACCUGAAAUAUGCGAUGUUUUAGGGACAAGUGCAGAGAAUAAAGAAAAAGCUAUAAAGCUGAUGGGCCCAGGCAAUAAUGUUACCCAGGAUAUCAACAUAGACGGGGAUAGUGUUUCUAUUGUAUAUACUAUCGGGGAUAAGACGAUAAACAUAAACACCAAAAUGGGAGAGCCAGUAGAUAUGCCGUUCUUUGACGGCAGGAUGUUAAAGUGCGUGUUUAGUGUUGAUGGAGAAAAGCUGAUAGAGAAUCAGACGGGAGCAUUCGAAGCCGUGAAUAUCAGAUUCAGACAAGGAAGCCAACUUGUUAUGAAAAUGACUUCAAAGAACGUUACAACCACUAGAGUAUAUGAUAAGGUGUAACGACUUGCAGUGUGAACUGCACCGCUUUCGCUUUAAGAUCCUACUUAUGAAAAGACAAUGGCUCUUCUUUAGUACUUAAGUUUCGUGCAUAUGACACAGUAGUACGCCUUAGUAUGUUUGGCUUAAAUCGUUAAGUGAUCGCUUGAAAUAAAAAUUAGUUCAGGAUGAUUAAAAGUUCGGAUAGUAACAAUACUGAUAUCCUGGUUUGGUGACCGGAAACCGUAAAGAGGCUGGCUUCCUGUUCCCGUUGGACGAAAUGAUUACUUGACAAAACAGGACAGAGCAUUUGGGAUGGGAAAGUACUCUUAUCUCCAACGAUCUUUUACAAAUUAACGCGUAAUAUUAAUUAUUCUGUGACAAAAAUUACUGUUCUCCCUUUCUAUGACAUUUAUGUGAAAUAUAGUACAUAUAGUCCAAUUAAUUUUAUUAUCUAUCCGCAGAUUAAGCUUUCAUUCAUAUGUUCCAUGUUUUUUUUUAUGUUGCAGAUGAUAUAUUAGUAAACAUUUUGUGUUUAUUGGAUAUGUAUUUAAAGAUACCAAAUCUAAAUGAAAUAUAUUAGUAGUUAUUUGCAAGCAUAAAUAAAACAUUUACGUGCA